AUGCCGCGGAGCCCGACGUCCAGCGAGGACGAGAUGGCCCAGAGCUUCUCUGACGACUCCGUGGGCUCGGAGUCGGACAGCUCCAGGGGGGAGAGCACCUACGAUACCAUCCGCGCCGUGGCGGACAGGCCGGCGGGCGCGCGCGCCGAGGAGGCCCAGGGCCACACGCUGGUCAUCCGCGUGAUCAUCCAGGACCUGCAGCAGACGAAGUGCAUCCGCUUCAACCCGGACGCCACGGUGUGGGUGGCAAAGCAGCGGGUCCUGUGCACGCUCACCCAGGGGCUGAAGGACGUCCUCAACUACGGGCUCUUCCAGCCGGCCAGCAAUGGGCGCGACGGCAAGUUCCUGGAUGAGGAGCGGCUGCUGCGCGAGUACCCGCAGCCCGUGGGCCAGGGCGUGCCCUCCCUGGAGUUUCGAUACAAGAAGCGGGUGUAUAAGCAGUCCAACCUGGACGAGAAGCAGCUGGCCAAGCUCCACACAAAGACCAACCUGAAGAAGUUUAUGGACCAUACACAGCACCGGUCGGUGGAGAAGCUGACCAAGCUGCUGGACCGCGGCCUGGACCCCAAUUUCCACGACCUGGAGACUGGAGAGACGCCCUUGACCCUGGCCGCCCAGCUGGACGCGUCGGCGGAGGUCAUCAUAGCUCUGCGGAACGGCGGGGCGCACCUGGACUUCCGCGCCAGGGACGGGCUGACCGCCCUGCACAAGGCCGCCCGCGCCAGGAACCCUCUGGCCCUGAAGACGCUGCUGGAGCUCGGGGCCUCUCCGGACUACAAGGACAGCUGCGGGCUCACGCCGCUCUACCACACAGCCGUGGUGGGCGGCGACCCGUGCUGCUGCGAGCUGCUCCUGCGCGAGCGCGCCUCCGUGUGCUGCCCGGACGAGAACGGCUGGCAGGAGAUCCACCAGGCCUGCAGGUACGGCCACGUGCAGCAUCUGGAGCACCUGCUGUUCUACGGCGCGGACAUGGGCGCGCAGAACGCCUCAGGCAACACCGCCCUGCACAUCUGCGCCCUCUACAACCAGGACAGCUGCGCCCGAGUGCUGCUCUUUCGGGGCGGAAACAAGGAAUUGAAAAACUACAACAGCCAGACGCCAUUUCAGGUGGCCAUCAUCGCAGGCAACUUUGAGCUGGCAGAAUACAUCAAGAACCACAAGGAGACAGACAUCGUGCCCUUCCGAGAGGCCCCAGCCUACUCCAACCGCAGGCAGAGGCCCCCCAACACUCUGGCCGCCCCCCGGGUCCUGCUGCGCUCCAACAGUGACAAUAACCUGCACGCUGGCGGCCCCGAGUGGACCGUGUGCCCCGGGGCCCCCUCCCACCGCAGCCUCUCCCCCCAGCUGCUGCAGCAGGCCCCAAGCAAGCCGGAUGGCGCCGCCAAGAGCCUGGGGGGCUACCUCCCAGGACCCCGGAGCCGCUCCCCGACCCUCAACAGGCUGGCCGGCGUCGGCGAGGAUGGCAAGAGACCCCAGUCGCACUGGCACGUGGGGCCCCCCUUCCCAGCUAGCAAGGAUGCCUCGGCCUCGGCCUUCGAGUACCCGGGGCCCAAGCGGAAGCUCUACAGCGCGGUGCCCGGGAGGCUGUUUGUCGUCGUCAAGCCAUACCAACCCCAAGGCGACGGAGAGAUCCCCCUCCACCGCGGCGACAGGGUCAAAGUUCUGAGCAUCGGCGAGGGCGGAUUCUGGGAAGGCAGCGCCCGCGGGCACAUCGGAUGGUUCCCGGCGGACUGCGUGGAGGAGGUCCAGUGCAAGCCGAGGGACAGCCAGGCUGAAACCCGCGCAGACCGCAGCAAGAAGCUCUUCAGGCAUUACACGGUGGGCUCCUAUGACAGCUUCGACGCUGCCAGUGACUGCAUCAUCGAGGAGAAGACGGUGGUCCUGCAGAAGAAAGACAAUGAGGGCUUCGGGUUUGUGCUCCGGGGGGCGAAAGCCGACACCCCUAUCGAGGAGUUCACGCCGACGCCGGCCUUCCCGGCACUGCAGUACCUGGAGUCCGUGGAUGAGGGCGGGGUGGCGUGGCAAGCCGGACUGAGGACCGGGGACUUCCUGAUCGAGGUCAACAACGAGAAUGUGGUCAAGGUGGGCCACAGGCAAGUGGUGACCAUGAUCCGACAGGGCGGCAACCACCUCAUCCUCAAGGUCGCCACGGUGACCCGGAGUCUGGACCCUGACGACACUGCCAGGAAGAAAGCUCCGCCGCCUCCAAAGCGGGCGCCCACCACAGCCCUCACGCUGCGCUCCAAGUCCAUGACAGCGGAGCUGGAGGAGCUCGACAAACCAGAAGAGAUUAUCCCAGCCCCCAAGCCCUCUCGGACUGCCGAGAAUGUAGCCAUGGAGUCGAGAGUGGCGACCAUUAAGCAGAGGCCCACCAGCCGGUGCUUCCCAGCGGUCUCCGAUAUGAAUUCUGUGUACGAACGCCAAGGGAUCGCGGUCAUGACGCCUACCGUUCCUGGGAGCCCAACAGGCCCGUUUCUGGGCCUCCCUCGAGGCACGAUGCGAAGGCAGAAGUCCAUAGACAGCAGAAUCUUUCUAUCAGGAAUCACGGAGGAAGAGCGGCAGUUUCUGGCCCCUCCGAUGCUGAAGUUCACCCGAAGCCUGUCCAUGCCAGACACCUCGGAGGACAUCCCCCCUCCGCCGCAGUCUGUGCCCCCGUCGCCCCCGCCGCCCUCCCCCACCACCUACAACUGCCCCAAGUCCCCGACUCCAAGGGUCUACGGGACCAUCACGCCUGCAUUCAACCAGAACGCGGCCGCCAGGGUGUCCCCAGCCACCAGAUCCGACACCGUGGCCACCAUGAUGCGGGAGAAAGGGAUGUUCUACCGGCGCGAGCUGGACCGCUACUCCCUGGACUCGGAAGACCUCUACAACCGCAGCGCCGCGCCCCAGGCCACCUUCCGCAGCAAGCGGGGCCAGAUGCCGGAGAACCCGUACUCAGAGGUGGGCAAGAUCGCCAGCAAGGCCGUCUACGUCCCUGCCAAGCCGGCCAGGCGCAAGGGCAUGCUGGUGAAGCAGUCCAACGUGGAGGACAGCCCCGAGAAGACGUGCUCCAUCCCCAUCCCCACCAUCAUCGUCAAGGAGCCCUCCACCAGCAGCAGCGGCAAGAGCAGCCAGGGCAGCAGCGUAGAGAUCGACCCCCAGGCCGCCGAGCCGCCGGGCCAGCUGCGGCCCGACGACAGCCUGACCGUCAGCAGCCCCUUCGCGGCCGCCAUUGCCGGGGCUGUCCGCGACCGGGAGAAGCGGCUGGAAGCCAGGAGGAACUCCCCGGCCUUCCUCUCCACCGACCUGGGGGAUGAGGACGUGGGCCUGGGUCCACCGGCACCCCGGGCGCGGCCCUCCAAGUUCCCUGAGGAGGGCGGGUUUGGUGAGGAGGAUGGUGCUGAGCAGCCCGUGUCGCCCAGCCCGGGCACGGCGCCCAGGGAGCCAGAGAACCACUUUGUCGGUGUUGGGGAAGCCAGUGCUCAGGGGGAGGCCGCGAGGCCCCCUAAUUCCAUAGCCAAGGCCAAGGGGCCCGAGAGCGGCCCGGCACCCGCCAAGAGCGGUGGCGCGGCCAGCCCCGAGAAUUACGUCCACCCCCUGACAGGGCGGCUGCUGGACCCCAGCUCCCCGCUGGCCCUGGCGCUGUCUGCGAGGGACCGGGCCAUGAAGGAGUCCCAGCAGGGGCCCAAGGGGGAGGCCCCCAAGGCUGACCUCAACAAGCCCCUCUACAUUGACACCAAAAUGCGGCCCAGCGUGGAGGCCGGCUUCCCUCCGGUCAGCAGGCAGAACACGCGGGGGCCCCUGCGGCGGCAGGAGACAGAGAACAAGUAUGAGGCGGAGCUGGGCAGGGCCCGGGGGGCCGAGGACAAGAAGAACAUGCUCAUCAACAUCGUGGACACGGCCCAGCAGAAGUCGGCCGGCCUGCUGAUGGUGCACACCGUGGACAUGGCCAAGGUGGGCCGGCCCCUGGAGGAAGAGGAGGAGAAGCAGGACGUGGACCUGAAGCCAGACCACUCGCCCUCCGCGGUGCCGGAAGGCGUUUCCGAAACCGAAGGUGCUUUACAGAUCUCCGCUGCCCCCGAGCCCGCCGCUGCGCCCGGCAGGACCAUGGUGACGGCGGGCUCCGUGGAGGAGGCGGUGGUCUUGCCAUUCCGCAUCCCUCCUCCCCCCCUGGCAUCCGUGGACUUGGAUGAGGAUUUUAUUUUUACAGAGCCAUUGCCUCCUCCCCUGGAAUUUGCAAAUAGUUUUGAUAUUCCCGAUGACCGUGCCGCUUCUGUCCCCGCUCUCACCGACCUGGUCAAACCGAAGGAAAACGACACCCCUCCAUCCCCUUUGCUGAGCUCCAGCCCGCCAGCCACCUCUGCAGACAGGAAGAAGCCAGCCGGCCUCUCCAACUGUCUGCCUGCCUCGUUCCUGCCACCUCCUGAGAGCUUUGACGCCGUCGCCGACUCUGGGAUCGAGGAGGUGGACAGCCGGAGUAGCAGCGACCACCAUCUCGAGACCACCAGCACUAUCUCCACAGUGUCCAGCAUCUCCACCCUGUCUUCCGAAGGUGGGGACAGUAUGGACACUUGCACAGUCUAUGCAGACGGGCAAGCGUUUGUGGUGGACAAGCCCCCCGUACCUCCAAAGCCAAAAAUGAAGCCCAUAAUUCACAAAAGCAAUGCCCUUUACCAGGACGCACUGCUGGAAGAGGACGCGGAUGGCUUUGUCAUCCCCCCGCCCGCGCCGCCGCCGCCGCCGGGCAGUGUCCAGUCCGGGGUGGCCAAGGUCAUCCAGCCAAGGACCUCCAAGCUGUGGGGUGACAUCACGGAGGUCAAAAGCCCGAUUCUCUCAGGCCCAAAGGCUAAUGUCAUUAGUGAAUUGAACUCAAUCCUGCAGCAAAUGAACCGAGAGAAAUCGGCAAAGCCGGGGGAAGGACUGGAGUCGCCGGCCGGAGUCAAGCCUGGCAGCCUUGCUCCAAGAGGCGCGGAAGUCCUGAGCACUGUCUCAGGUGCACGCAGCACGACGGUCACCUUCACUGUCCGCCCUGGCGCCUCCCAGCCCAUCACCCUGCAGAGCCGGCCCCCCGACUAUGAAAGUAGGACCUCAGUUACGAGACGCGCCCCAAGCCCUGUGGUCUCGCCAACAGAGAUGAGCAAAGAGGCUCUGCCCACCCCGCUGCCUGCCGCCGCCACCUCUCCUUCUCCCACACUCUCCGACGUCUUCAGCCUUCCAGGCCAGUCCCCUGCCGGGGACCUAUUUGGCUUGAACCCAGCACCCCGCAGCAGGUCACCAUCUCCCUCAAUACUUCAACAGCCAAUCUCAAAUAAGCCUUUUACAACUAAACCUGUCCACCUGUGGACUAAACCAGAUGUGGCAGACUGGCUGGAAAGCCUGAACUUGGGUGAACACAAAGAGACCUUCAUGGACAAUGAGAUCGAUGGCAGUCACUUACCAAACCUUCAGAAGGAAGACCUGAUCGAUCUGGGGGUGACUCGGGUCGGGCACAGGAUGAACAUAGAAAGGGCUUUGAAACAGCUGCUGGACAGAUAAGGACGGCUGUUCCUCACCUUCAUAGACGUUUUGUUAUAAGUAGAGAUGGGCUCAUGCUGAAACAUCCGAUGGCCAAGCAGUCUGCGAGCACCAACUCCGCUCAAGGGUUUGUCUCCCGGUACCCAAAGAAGUGCUGAGGGUGUCCAGGGUGUGGCCAAGCCAGCGCCUUGAAAUGUCCAGCUCCCCGAGAGGGGCUUUGUGGACAGCCUCUGUCCGACGGGGUGGGCGGGGAGGGGUUUUCUAACAUGGGGGGGUCGCAGCACGCCUCCCUGCAUGCGGUGGGCUGGCUUUGCCAGGCCCGGGGCUCUCAUGGAGGUCACGUGGGAUCCCUGCUCGCAUAGGCAGACACCGAUGCACUCCAGAUACCUCCUGAGACCUCCCUCUUCCGCUUCCCGGGCAGCUCUCCCUACUCCCGGGCCCGGCACGUGGCCUUUUCUCAGUCCCGUGGCCUCUUGGAGGAAGCCCGCUGCUCACUUGCUCCUGUCUGUCUCCUGUGCUUUGUUUGCAGUGAGAUGCUCCCAGACGGGUUUGGCCAGGGCCUCCUGGGCCUGAAAGGUAGAGACUCACUUUCUUCCUGUCCGAAUCUUUGCCUGUCUCCUCCUGUGAGGUGCAGCAUGGUUCUUUGCCCACAGGUUCUUGGCCAUGGUGGGCGUUUACAUGGGAUCGUGCCCAGCUUUGCUUAGCUCGCUUGCUUGCUUUCUGCCAAUUGACUAGUGUAUUUCCAAGGUGGCUAAGCAGAUGUCACGCAGAGUUAGGUAAAGCACACAGUCUCGAUCCCGAGGAGUGAGGCCUGCCAGGGGGCCGGCCAGGGUGCAGCCGCCCGGACCCUCAGCCUCCUCCAGGACAAGAACAGGCCUUUUUCCAGGAGCACCGACCUGGGAGGGCGAGAAGGGAGGGCUCGGCCACUCACGGUUCCUUCCAGCCAUUGAGGAAAGCCUGUUGAGCUCCGCACGGUUGGGGCAGGUGAGCAUCCACUCUGACAUGGACAAGAAGACACAGGCUUGAGGCGUGCACGUGCCGCCACCGGUGAGCCGGCAUUCUCGGCCAGGAGCCGGCGAGCUGCCAGUCCCUCCACCUAAGCCUGGCACGGGCAGCAUUGCCUCUCAGAUGGCCCCACGGCUCUCAGAGGCCAAGCAAGGUGGACUGAGGGCCUUUCCCCCUUCUCUCGGGUGUCCAGGGAUCCCACCAGCUUGUCUUAAUAGUUCCACAGGGUCUGAGAGAGCCCUGUGGGCAGGGAGUGGGGCAGGACCCAGGGCAGGGGAGAGGCGGGGCGGGGCACAGGAUGCAGGGGAAGGGCAGAGGCACACAGAAAGGACAUCAGGGCGUACCCCUGAACCUCAGCCCUGCCUCUGGCUGGGCUGCUAAGCCUGCCCCCUUCUGGCCCUGGGGUCUCCCCCACCCUCCCUCCCCAAAACCAUACCUCUAACGUCGAAGGGAGGUCAGCAAUGGCACACCGGCCACAGAGCACCCAGCCAGGCUCUCCACACUUGGAGGAGACACGAGUGUCAGGUGUUUGGUUUUAUUAUGAUUUCAGAACUAGCCCAGCCCAUCUCUAAUUAUAAGACAUGAUUUCUUUUCUUUUCUUUUCUUUAUGCUCAUGACCACGUGUUUGAUGAGGUCUGGAACAACUCUAGAAUGAACUCAUAAAAUUUAGCAAUUUAAAAAUCUCUUUCUUUACUGCAAGUUUAAAUAGGUGUACAGAUAGUUUAUAAGCACAAUAUUUUAAGAAAAAAGUGGCUGGUCUACUGGGCAGCCUUUGUGCCACUUCAGUGCUAGAAAUGAAAGAACAAAACUUUUGUGACUUACUGACACUAUUUCUGUGGGAUAAUUAUACAAGUAAGACCUUUUUAAAUCAACUUUAUCUGGACGCAUCUGAACCAGCAGAGCUGUGUUAUAUUUUCUAUCUUUGCUAGAACUUCAUCGCUGAAAGACAAUUAUUUCUUCAAAAGAUGUUACAAUUCAUAAUGCAGCAGUUUCUCCAAAAACAAAAGCAAAACACCCACGCCCCUCCCCUGCGCACGCAUGCGUUUUUUUCUCUCCUCUCUCUCUUUUCUCUCUCUCUCUCUCUCUAUCUCUCUCUUUCUCUCUCCUCUCUCUCUCAGUUUGGAGACCAAGUAUUUGACCUUAUUCUGUUCCAAAUCCUUUGGCAGGCCCAUCUUUCCAUUUGGUGAUUCGAUCCACUCCGACAGGAAGCGAGCAGAGUAUUAAAUUAAGGCACUUUGCUUUGUGUACUUUCAGUUUUUCUACCACCUUAAGGCACGUUAAGUAUCACUCUAGAGAAAUUCCAAACCCAGCCCCCCACUGGCCACGGGGUGGGGUGGGGGGACUGCCCCAGUGUCUCCGAAAAUGGAAAAUGGUGGUUCUGCCAUGUGUUUUGUCUUCCACUGGGCAACACUGCAAAUUUUCCUCAACAGCCACUUCAGCAGAUCAUUCUUUGCCUUCAGUUGGCAUUACCUCUAAAGUCAGUGCCAGGCAGGGUGCCAGACAGGAGAUCUGGUGGCUCUGCGUCCACUAAACUUAGGCAGCCAGUCAGUGACGACGGCUACUCCCUUCCUUACAACUCCAAGCCACAUGCCACUAACCGGAAGCCUCGGGAGCUGACAGCACACGUGGCCCUGUGGCGCCUGUCAGAACCCGCACUGGCCAACAAAACACACAUUGCCAAGAUGACUCAUCCCUAGCUCUACCAGGCGAUUCAGCUGAGAAAGCAAUAGUCCUCGUUUCAGUCGCUGCCCACUCCCUCCCGCCCCUCCGGCCCUGUCCCAGGACUCUCUCUUGUGGCGGGGCAAAUGUUAAACUGCUCAUAUAAUGAUCAUGUUAAUAUUAUUCCAGGUUUUAAGAUCCACUUUUGUUAUAUACUGUAAUUUAAAUAAAUUGCAUUCAAAUGCCUAGUUUCUGUAAAAUUGUGUAUACAAAACCAAAAUCUCAAGAUGUAAAUUAUGUAUACCUGCCAAGAUACCUUUUCCAGGUGUCUGUGCACAUUUAGGUUAAUUCAUACACUAUAAAAACUGAUUCAAUGUGACUGUUGAUUUGCUGGACUUUACAUAAUUAUUUGUGGUACCUUAGUUAAUAAAAUGGUGACUUUUUUCUGAGUUAUUGAACAAGCAAACACUAUCCAGUUGAUCUGGCAACAACUUUUUGUGUGUGAGCCUCAAAAAUUAAUUUUCCCAUUAACAAUUUGUUUUUGUUUUUUGAAUAUGAAUAUGUUUCACACUAUAGUUUGUGUAAUGACACAUGUUCGCAUUAUCUAUGUUGCUGUUACUUUUGUGCUUUUGUUCUUUUUAGACUUUAUUAAAAAAAAAAAAAAAAAAAGCUCCUGUAAUUUGCACUUUCUCCCAAUCCUUAAAUCUCUUGUAUGGCAACCAAAAUUACUGUAAAAAAAAUAAAUAUACUCUUGCACUAA